UCUUCCCUGAGAGUGAGGCGCAGGACCAGACACCCUCACCCACCGGUGCUGAGCUUGUCAGACCUGAGGCAGGAGGAGGCCGCGCCCAUGGGCUCCCAGUCGCUGCUUCUGGCCGCUGCCGCUGUGUACCUGCUAGGGAUGCUGGACACCUACUGCUUCGGACAGUCCAGCUGGCAGAAUCCAGGAAUCCCGGUGAACCUCACUGGCUCCCCAUCGCCAUGCCAGGGCCUGUUGGAGGUCCACGUCGGGGGCUCGUGGCACACGGUGUGCAGCCAGAGCUGGGGCAGAGGCCCAGAUGGCUGGAGGGAUCCCUCGCAGCUGCAGAGCAUCUGUCAGCAGCUGCACUGUGGGGACGCCCUGGCUGCUGGCUCCUUCCCUGCCUUCCACAGAGUCCAGAACCAGAUCUUCUGCCACGGACCCCUGGGGUCCUUUGACAACUGCAGCAGCAGCAGCUGGGCCAGUUCAUGCCGCUCGCUGGGUCUGGUCUGUGUAGAACCCAAGAAAAUGACCCCUCGGCCCACAAGUCCCCCACCGACAACCACUCCACAGCCCACAGCUCCCCCCAGGCUGCGGCUGGUCCCGGGGUCCCGGGGCCUGCGCUGUGCCGGAGUGGUGGAGUUCUACAGGGGCAGCCUGGGGGGCACCAUCAGCGCUGAGACACAGGACAAAGCCAAGGACUUGGGAACACUGGUCUGUAGCACCCUGCAGUGCGGUGCCCUGAAGGAAGUGAUUCAGGCAGAGGCAAUGGGUGCACAGGAUGCGGGAGAACCAGGGGGACUCAGGCCUUUGCCAAUCCGGUGGGCCAUCCAGAACACGAACUGUACCUCCCUGGAGCAGUGCUUCCGGAGAAUCCAGCCCUGGGACAGCCACCGGGCUCUUGCUGUUGUCUGCUCGGGUUUCCAGCCCAAGGUGCAGAGCCGCCUGGUCGGGGGCAGCGGCACAUGUGAGGGUACCGUGGAGGUGCGCCAGCGCACACAGUGGGCAGCCCUGUGCCACAGUGCCCCAGCCAAGGGUAUGGUGCGAUGGGAGGAGCUGUGCCAGGAGCAGCAGUGCGGCAGAGUCAGCUCCUACCACUUGCUGGAUACCGGCAGGAAGACUGCCUCAGGCUUCUUCUGUGACCGGGAGAGGCUGUCCCAGUGCCACGAGCUGCAGGAGAAAAGAAGUAACUGCAAGAGAGUGUUUGUCACAUGCCAGGAUCCAAACCCUGCAGGCCCAGCUGCAGGCACAGUGGCAAGCAUCGUACUGGCCCUGGUGCUCCUGGCAGUGUUGCUGGUGGUGUGCGGCCCUCACGCCUACAGGAAGCUGGUGAAAAAAUUCCGCCAGAAGAAGCAGCGCCAGUGGAUUGGCCCCACGGAAAUGAACCAGAACAUGUCCUUCCACCGCAACCACACGGCCACCGUCCGCUCCCAGGUGGGAAACCCUGCGGCUUCCUCCCAUGUGGACAAUGAGUACAGCCAGCCCCCCAGGAACUCCUGUUUGUCUGCUUAUCCAGCCCUGGAGGGGGCGCUGCAUCGCUCCUCCGCCCAGCCCGACAACUCCUCCGACAGCGACUACGACCUACAUGCGGUGCAGAGGUUGUAACAGGCUUCCUUCUCAUCCCUCAGAACUCACCACCAGGAACUGAAAACCAGGAGCUGGACCCAGCCGUCCAGACCCAGCGUAGCUUCAUUCCCCUAGAAGGGCCUGCCGGACUUCUACUCCAGCCAGAAGCUGGACAGAGACCAGAGUGCCCUUUGCUUAUGUCCUGCUGCACGCAGGGGCAGGCCAGCUCAUACCCUGCCCACAGCAGACCCUGGCCCAGGACAGAACUGUGACAGCAGGGCCAGGCCUCUCCAAGUGGGUGACCUCUUAGAUUUGUGGGUGUCCAGAAUGUGGACCCUUCCUUACAGGGCACAAUGAGCCUUUUCUCCUUGGACUCUGACCCUGGCGAGGAAGCUCUCACUGGGAUGGGGCAUUUCCCUGGUGCCUGUUGGGAACAUUCUUUGUAAACAAUGCUUUUCUAACUUUCUGAGAACAGCAGUACUAACGCCUCUUCUGGAGAUGCCCUGUGGGGAGGGUUGACCACCCAAGCACACAGGCAGCUUGGCACGUUCAUAGCACCUGUCCCCGAGGGAGCAAGUGGGCACUGGGGUGACACGUGGGCCACUGGACCCGAAGCCUCACCCCAACCCCAGGUCUAAAGAUGCCUUCUCCAGAGAUGGACUGCUGGCUGUCAAGGGCACAGGUGCCACUCCAGGACCUGGCACAGAGGGGAACCUGAUAAAUCCAUCCCAAGUCCAUCAGUUAACUAACUGGAGAGUCAGAGAAUGGGGCUGGAAUCACCUUGGGUUUGAAUGAUCCUAGCCACGAGGAGGAGAGCAGGGACUGAAUAGAGGGAAGAAGCUGUGCUGGUUUCACUGAGCCCUUGGGCACUGGGCAGCUUGGUGGGAAUGCAGUGACAUGCUAGGUGGCACAUUUUGGGUUUGGAGCCAUUUCCCACUCGGCCUUCUAGCUACAGGGAGCAGUCAUCAGCAGUAGGAGGCAGAGUGGGGGCAGGGCCAGCGCAUCAGUAGUCUGGUCAUCACUCUGGCCCCCAACCAACACCCUUCCAUCAGGCCUCAAUCUCCACCUGAAGGGCCAGGUCAGAGUCACAGAUCUGCCCCUGAUCAUGCUGAAAAUUUAGCAUCAGGGCCACUCAUUUACCUGCCCAUACCUGGCGGGGAAAGGGGAUUCCUAAAGGGGAGGUGAGAGGCUCUCUGAAAGGAAGUGAGACCUCGAAUAUUUCCUCUGCAGGUCUUUCUUGAGAAAGGCUCUUUGAUGUCUGACCACCAUACAGUGACCUCAAAGCAACCAUGGUCUAUUUUAAAAAACCAACCAACCAACCAA